AUGCUUAUCUUUGGAUUACUCACUGUUAGAAAUAUCCAUAAAACAAAAAAACGAGUUGAUGCUGCUCCAACGACUGAUACAGGUCGAUCUAAAAAAUCCGGUAAAAUGUCAAAGAAAGAUGUUCAACUUCAUAGAAUGUUGGCAAAUCAAAUAAUUCUUUUUAUUAUACUCAAUUUGCCAAAUCCUUGUUAUCUCGUAUAUCGAUCAUUAACCAUAACAUUAGUGAAAUCACCAUUUCGUAGAGCAACUGAAACAUUUCUCAGUAAUAUGACAUAUGUUCUUAUUUAUCUUGGAUUUUCAUUAACAUUUGCUAACUUUUUUAUAUCAUCGGAUAUGUAUCGACGUGAGUUUUUUCAAGUUAUUCGAACAAAAGUACUUCGUCAAGCUCCAGCACCUACAACAACUAGAGGAGGAACAACAAUAAGAGCUGUUCGUCAAAAUGAUGACGAUGGUUAA